ACAGCUAUGAGCUUCUUCUGUUGCUGUGCUCGACGACGGAAAGACAAGGACCCAGUGGAUCAGUACUAUUACGGCAAAUACAGCAGGCACUCCAGUGAGGUCGCCCCGACACCCCGGGUCAGACGGAAGUUCCCAGGUGGCGUCCCCGUCGGUCCACUGCCCCACGUGUCAUCUGAUACUAGCAUACAGAAAGGUGAAGACGUCACGUGGAAGAACUCGUCUGUCGUCAACAAUAACACCCUGGGGUCCGACUCUGACAUCGAGGAUAUCGAGAAGACGCUUUUGUCCAUCUGUGAGCAAGAGGAAGAGAGGUUGAGGCACUCUGAGGUCAUCUCCCAGUUGAGUGAGAGUAGUGAGUCGGAAUCUGACAGUGAGGACGAAGACGAUGUUGCCAGUGUGACAAGCCAGGAUCUGGAGGACCUUCUGGUCACCGGGGAAGACCCAGAGGAUUCCAGUUUCUCGGAUGACAGCGACGUGCCUGAGGAUCCCGUGAACCGAUUCGUGCUCAGACCACGUGACACACUGCGGGAACGAUACGCUGAUUAUUCCAACGAGAUCUGGAAGGACAUCCAAGUAUCGCUUAUCGAAGCCAUCAGCAGUGGGCAUUGUGGCGCCCAAGAACGUGAGCAGACGGUCGAGGCCCCAGGAGACAGCCCUGCCGAGGUCGCGAGUCAUCGGCAACAGAAUCAGGAUCCUGAUGACGCGGCCCGUGUGUUCAAAGCCGGGCGGUUCCAAGUAUCGGCGGUGCCAGACGGAAACGCGUUGGACCUCGCACAGAACAGUAAUGUCCAGGACGCAUUCGUCAUCGCAGUUGAGCAGCAGGCCAGAGAGCGACUGGAGCGGCUUUCCGCUCUCAAGCGCAUUAAGCCCGUGGAUAUGACCAAGCUCUCCCAGCAGCUGAACGAGCAGAUCCCUGCUACAGAUCACCAGCAAGAACUGAACGGUUUCAUCGAGAGCAGUCCGAUCUACGUGACGUCCAUCCCAGCAAGCAAUAGUACAGCGGGCCAACACCAGCCGAAGCAGGACACUCCCCCUCGCAGGACAGCCAUCGUACCGGGCCGGAGCGUGAAGCCGGGACCCCUUAGCAACGGCCAUGCUAUCACCAAUACCAGCAGCACGGAGGAGCCCGACUCUGCCGCCGAAAUCGAGCUGAAGCAAAACCUUAGUGAGGAUCUAGUGAACAGUGUUAGUGAGUGCGGUGCAAGUACUAGGGGCAGGGAGGUCAAGGAGGUCAGGGCCGCCUCUCCCUUCGCGAACGGUCGGACCGAAGUGCUAAUCGGCCAGGAUUCUACUGACGCGUGUAGUGGAACGGGAAAGCUCCGGACGACGGCCAUAGUGGAGAACAGUUGUGCCAAGAAGCCAGGCGGAGGGGAAGAUACCCUCAACAGGCCUCGACGGCGUAGCGGGAGUAGUAUUGUGGUCGUGGACACACAGGACUCUGAGCCCAUCAAGCGCCGAACCCCAGAGGAAGAGGAGGCGGACGAUGCCUACAACAUGAUGAUGACGCUGGACAAUGGGCCUCACCGUGAGAUGGCAGUCGAUGUUCCAGACUCGUUCAUUGCCAGGAGCAAGACGCCACCCCGGUACCCUCCGCCAAGAUCUCAGUGCAGGAUGCAGCCUGGUGUUAAUGGAGUUGCCUCGAAGCCGGUGCCUCCGCCCAGAGAUCAUCUCCGUAUCGAAAAAGACGGACGCUUGGUGAACCGGGCGCCGGCGCCUCAGGUGCCCGCCAGAACGGCAAGUGCCGCUGUCACGCCCGCGAUACAGAACAACAACACCGACCCCACAAAAGAACAGCUAGACAGUAUCAGGAAGUUCCAGGAAGCCUUGCGGAAGCGGAAGGAGGAGGAGGACCGGGUAGCUCAGCAGAACGAGUUCCUCAACAGAAGCGUCAGGGGCUCCCAGAAGCUUCAGGCGCUCGAGAGCCGCGCCACGCCACAGUCCCCAACAGGCGUCGUCAACGACGGAUUCUCGUCGGCUGAGGAACCGACCGUCGCCCUACCACCAUCUGCCGAUGAAGAGCUGAAGCAGGAGUCGCUGCACAGGGUGAUCGGCUAUGGAGAGCUCGUUGCUUCUCUGCAGCGACUUCAACUUCAGCUGAAGAAGAAUGGAUUGAGUCAGGGCCCAGGAGGAUAUACGAGUCUGGAGGGUCAAAUCGCGGCCGUUCAGACCCUCUUACUGAGUCCUGAGUUUGGUAGAGCCCUAGCAAUACACAACAGGGUGCAGGAAGUUUGGAAUCAGUGGCAUCCACUGCCAUCUGGGGGUUCCAAGCAGCCAGCAACUGCACCAAGUCCUGUGUCCACGCACGCACAAACGCUCGUCAGAGAUUGCUUGGAGACCCUACAGCCAAGUUCUCUACCCGACGCCGCGGAGCUGGCCGACCUGCUGACUCGGUAUGAGUUUGAGGGCCUACUCUAUGCGCACGACGCAAUUGCCACACAGGACGUCGCCAUCAUGGCUGCUGGGACGCCGUCAUGUGAAGACGAUUCAUCUGAACAGUUUGGCGACGAAGAGAACAUCAAAAUCAUCAAGAUAGAGAAGACCAACGAGCCUCUCGUACGUGACGGCUAUGGAGAGCUCGUUGCUUCUCUGCAGCGACUUCAACUUCAGCUGAAGAAGAAUGGAUUGAGUCAGGGCCCAGGAGGAUAUACGAGUCUGGAGGGUCAAAUCGCGGCCGUUCAGACCCUCUUACUGAGUCCUGAGUUUGGUAGAGCCCUAGCAAUACACAACAGGGUGCAGGAAGUUUGGAAUCAGUGGCAUCCACUGCCAUCUGGGGGUUCCAAGCAGCCAGCAACUGCACCAAGUCCUGUGUCCACGCACGCACAAACGCUCGUCAGAGAUUGCUUGGAGACCCUACAGCCAAGUUCUCUACCCGACGCCGCGGAGCUGGCCGACCUGCUGACUCGGUAUGAGUUUGAGGGCCUACUCUAUGCGCACGACGCAAUUGCCACACAGGACGUCGCCAUCAUGGCUGCUGGGACGCCGUCAUGUGAAGACGAUUCAUCUGAACAGUUUGGCGACGAAGAGAACAUCAAAAUCAUCAAGAUAGAGAAGACCAACGAGCCUCUCGCGACCGUUCGCAACGAAGGCGACGCUGUGAUAAUCGGUCGGAUAGUGCGAGGAGGAGCUGCCGAGAAGAGCGGCCUGCUCCACGAAGGAGACGAGGUGCUGGAAGUCAACGGCAUUGAGAUGCGGGGCAAAUCGGUGAAUGACGUGUGUGAUAUUCUGUCGGGCAUGACGGGAACUCUGACCUUCCUCAUCGUGCCUGAGGCUGUGUCAAGGCCUCCUCCCCCACCUACCAGGGACACGCUCAUGCACAUGAAAGCGCACUUUGACUACGACCCAGAGGAAGACCUGUACAUCCCGUGUCGGGAGUUGGGUAUCAGUUUUCAGAAAGGCGACGUGUUGCACGUGAUAAGUCAGGAAGAUCCCAACUGGUGGCAAGCUUACCGCGAGGGAGAGGAAGACCAGACGUUGGCCGGGCUCAUUCCUAGCCGCUCCUUCCAACACCAGCGAGAGUCUAUGAAACAGACCAUAGCAGGAGACAAAACAUCGAAAGAGAAAUCAAAGAAGGCCGGCACGUUGUUGUGCGCGAAGAAGAAUCCAAAGAAGAAAAAGAAAAAGGCGCCGUACAACGUUGCCUAUAAUGAUGGAGGAUACCCACUGUACGCUACUAGCACAAUCGAUGACUAUGACGUGGACGAGAUACUGACGUACGAGGAGGUGUCGCUCUAUUAUCCGAGAGCAAAUCACAAGAGACCUAUCGUUCUCAUCGGCCCACCUAACAUCGGGAGGCACGAACUGAGACAGAGGCUGAUGGAAGAUGCCGAGAGGUUUGCCGCCGCUAUCCCACACACUAGUCGGUCAAGGAAAGAGGGGGAGGUAGACGGCCAGGAUUACCACUUCAUCACAAGGGCGCAGUUUGAGGCAGACAUCCUGUCUCGCAAGUUCGUCGAACACGGAGAAUACGAGAAGGCUUACUAUGGAACUUCCCUCGACGCGAUUCGCGGCGUCGUCAACUCGGGAAAGAUCUGCGUCCUGAACCUCCAUCCACAGUCGCUGAAGAUACUCCGGAGCUCCGACCUGAAGCCGUAUGUGGUGUUUGUGGCGCCACCCUCGCUAGAGAAGCUUAGGCAGAAGAAAAUACGCUGUGGCGAGGCCUUCAAGGAGGAUGAACUGAAAGAUAUAAUCGAAAAGGCUCGUGAAAUGGAAGACAAAUAUGGCCACUUCUUUGACAUGAUCAUCAUUAACAAUGAUACGGACAGGGCAUAUCAUCAGCUUGUUAAUGAGAUCAACAGCUUGGAGAGGGAACCACAGUGGGUCCCGGCCAGUUGGAUCAAGAACACGUGAACGAGUAAGGAUCUUGAUCGGAUUUUUUUUUUUUUCGAUAUCGUGUGUGGUAAUGACAGAAAAAAUAUUCAUCGACUACGAGGGGUUAGAUGUGGCAGUGUGACCGUCUCCGAAAGAUGAUUUUCAUUCGUCAUUUCGAAUAAGAAUCCGAGAGAAAAAGAUUGUGUGUGUAAUGGCUGUUACUGUUUUACAGAUGACCGCCGUCUAAAAUACGUGAUGUCCGCCAAGCCACUUCGCGUUGAAACCAAAUGACACGAACAGUUUUUUUUUUUUUGCAAUAAAUGCUUAAAUAUCACGAUGACCUUGAAAAUGAACUGUGUUAGACAUAAAUAAUCAACGUGUACUGAUAAUUUGCUCUACUUAAUACUGAAACGGACACAACGGAGGGGUGAAAGAUGGCGAUGAACUUGGGGUCGCUACGUCGUGAACGUCAACGUAACCACAUUGCCUUUCUCCCUCAGUUUGUAACGAUUAUUAUCGAUAUUAUUCGACUUAUUUUUAGGUCUCGAAUCGAUCGAUGUGGACAGAAUGCUGUUCGUUCACGACUAUAUCUGUCACAUUGACACGUCGAAUGGCAUUCUCAGAUACGAGUUCUUAAAAGUUUGUCCCCCUGUGGCCUGUUUUAUCAGUCAUGUGACUAGUUUUGGCGAGGUACCAAUGUUGUCACUAGAAGAAAAAAAAAAAGAAGAUGGAUGUUUAAUCUCUAAUUUAGUUUUUGUCAGACUUGAAAGUCGUAGAUCGCGUAACGUUGCCCCCGCGUUGACGGUGGACGUAUUACAAAUGGGGGAGUACGCGGUAUUUCCUUAUGGGUUUUUUUGUUAAACGAAAGAAAUGUAGGUAAUUUUUUUUUUUGUCGAGUAUUGCGUGUGGCAGAACUUUCGUAUUAAUUCGUAAUAAUACUGUUCCCUAUCUCGUCAAUUUUUAAGUAGUUGAAUAAAAAAAUUGGAUGUUUUCACUUGUUUUGAAGACGGAUUGUAGGAUGUGAAUACGGGAUCCUCCUUGAACUGGGGCGAAGAUCCGCGGUUAGACGAAGUACCCGUGUGUCGUGCCCCAAAUUCUGAUAGCUUCUCGUGUGUUAAAAUAUUCCUUUUACCGUGACAUUGGUUUUGAACUUUCUUAUUUUACGUGUCCAGCGAGAAUGUUUGGGGGGUGGGGGUGGGAUGGGGGAUGAAGGGUGCAACAGUACCCAUGCUCUGUCUUAACUAAGCAAUACAUUACCAAGUCAUGCGACGUUUAACAAAUGUUUUAGUAAUGAAUUCGCGUCAACUUUAGAAUAUCAAACCCUUCUUACCUACCCUCAAAUAUUGUAAAAAUAAAAAUAAAAAACUUACCCCCCCCCCGACCAAGUUUGUUUAUAUAAAUUAUUCAUAUUGUUUUAAUAAGGUGUUAGAUAAAAAAUGUACAGUUAUUUUUAUUAUAUAAUAUUAAUAUUAAAAAUAAUAGAUUUCCAAAUAUGUACUGUUAUAUUAUUAAUUUCUAUUUUAAAAAAAGGGUAACUCUUUUUCAAAAAAAAAAAUAAAAAAAAAUAAACUGCUCAAGAAUUUAGUGCUGUACCAUGAAAGCUUAAACAAGAAUGAUGAGAGAGAGCAAUUGUAAAUAGGCCGCGUCCUCUCAUUAUAUUAUAAUUAUUAUUAUGUACUUAUAAUGAAAAAGGAAUGUAUAUUUCUGUUGUGUAAUUCUUUAGUAAAUGGUACCAUGUGUAAAAAAUG